GUGUUUCUGUGAUCGUGAUCUAUAAUCACACAGAACAGCAGUGAUGAAGCUGGUAAUGAGUGUCGUUGUGUUGUUGUGUGUUGGAGCCGCACAGGAUUUAAUGUCACCAACAUUAGACAUCAUCCGUGAACUCCAGAAGAUUAAGACCAUGGAGGAAAAGUUAAAUGUUCUUUAUGAUGAAGUCAGGGAACUAAGGAGCAAGAAUGAUGUCCACACUGAAUUGAAGAGUCUGCUGAACAGCUUGAGUUCUGUUGUAUCGGCGCUGAAUGAUGCAGUUAACAAGCAGGACCAGAAACAGACUGAAACAGUACGAUUGCUGGACAGUUUGAAGUCAUCCAUACAGACUGAUCAACAGAACAAACAGCGUGACUUCGAGUCUCUGUCGAGCUCAUUGAGUGCCCUGAAGAGUUCAGUGUCAGAUCUCACUUCAUCUGUCACAACUCUUUCCUCUAAACAACAGACUUCUGACGUCCCUGUAACCUGUAAAUCUGGCUGGAUAUCGCACAAAAGCAGCUGUUUCUUGUUCUCUAGUAAUGCACUCAACUGGACUGCCGCACGAGAUUACUGCAAAGCACAGGGCGCGUUACUCCUCAAAAUACAAGACGACGACAGGGAGUGGGCAUUCUUGAACCAUCAUACCUUACCCACAUCCUACUGGGUCGGUCUAAAUGAUCAGACCACAGGCCAGUGGAGAUGGGCGGAUGACACUCCUUACACCAUGAACAAAGAACGAUGGAAUACCGGGCAGCCAGAUGACUGGAAUCAACACGGUCUGGGAGAUAAAGGAGAGAAAGGAGAGGACUGUGCAGCGAUUACAAGUACUGGGAAACUAAAUGACAGUCACUGCUCCAACAAAGUGGGAUUCAUUUGCAGAGUACAAUUCUGAAACUGAAAAUAGCUGUGGUGUAGUGCCAUCUGAAUGACAAAUGAAAAGGAUCCAGUCACUGACGUGAAAACAUUUAACACUAUAUAUAACACUGAUUUGUAGGGGUGUGAUGAGAUCUCGCGAGAUUGUGACAAGAUUUCUUGUCGAGGUGAAAAGCUGUCUCUCGAUAUUGCCAUGACGGAGUGUAAAAUUAGGAUAGAAUAUGCCACCGCUACGUUUACAUUACGCCUCCACUGUCGUUUUGCUUUUUAUAGAAAUAAAAACCAUUUAUUUUAGUUGGAUAACGGUUGCUUCAAUCCCAUCCAUCUCAUACGACAUGAGCUGCAGAGUCGUACACAGUGCAGCAGGAAUCAGAGUUCACUGAUCAUGUGAUGAGAGUAAGUGAUGAGAUGACUGACAAGGCCAUGGCGGAGGAUUCAUUGCGCAACAGAGCCAAAGCAUCUGACAAAUGUCUUAUCUUGUAGAAGGUGCACUCAGCACCGUCGCCCCCUAUUCACAGAGUAUGUGCGAAAGUGAAAGUAAAACGCGAGCGCGCAUUCAAACACGAUUUCAAUACCAAGCAUUUUGAAAGUGGCUCCCUGAUGCAUGAAAAUAUCUCUCAAUAUGAGAGCUAUCUUAGGCUGGGCUGUGUAGUUGUAACCAUCUCGCAGCUCUGUAUCAUGCUUGAAGAAUAAAUUUGGUCUCUGUUUGCACUUUGAAUAUUGAGAGAGUACUUUGAUUAUGGUUGCACUUAUUGUUUGCACUUUAUGAUGUUUUAUUAACAAAGAUCGGGAGGAGCACAUUCAAAUGAUCUACCCAAUCAGCAUAAGAGGAGUCCUAUAAAUACGUAGCUGACUCACCUAUGUUCCUCAACAGUUUUUUCUGCAUCCCUCCACCACCCUGUCUCCUCACACUUGCCUGGUUACUAUCCUAACCAAAGAUACGGGGGAGUACUCUAGGUUUCCGAGCUCAGAGUCCUCCCCCGGACAGCAUGCCAAAUACACAUACUUUUUAUUCGAUCUACUCAAGCGUGAACUCGUGAAAAAAGACUAAGAGAAAACUGUUAUUCAUGUUUAUUUCUAUGAUCAAUUUGUGAACAGGAGUUCAGUUAGGAGGUCAAAAGUUGUAGAAGCUCAUAAAUCAUGUACAGUUGUAAGGUCUGAAGAGACUCAUAAAAUCAUACAGGAGAGAAGCCAGUGAGUUGAGUUUGUGGCAAAACCUUUUACAGUGCUUGUAUAUUGUUGUCUUUUACUGCAUAUGAUAAUUCAUACUACUAAAAAGUAGAACUGAAAUGACAUUCAUUACAAGAUGAUUAGUUAAAACAUUUCAAAUGCAGCUACAGACUAUUUUUCUAGUAAUGUAUUUCAUCAUUGAGGAUUUCUUAAAAGUCUCGACUCUUUCUCGUGAACUCAAUCUCGUGUCUCGUGAGCUAACUCUCUCAUCACACCCCUACUGAUUUGACAAUAAAAUCUUUUUCUGUCUUAAUCAUCACUUAAGAUAAAUCAGCAUUUUGACUUUUUCUACAAAAUGUGAGUUGUGUGGCAUUAGAAGAGCAUCAGAUGUUAGAUAUUCUUCCAAUUUACUUGAAUAAAUGUUUCUGCUGUUUCUUCAUAAUUGACCUUUAUUAAGCAAUAAAUGGCUCAUUAAUAAUAAAAUCAGUAAUCAGUAACAGACUGAAUGGUUGCUUAUUAAAAUGUUGUAUUACUUUGCUGCUGUUCCAAUGAAUU